GAUCAAACAGAAUCCAUUAACAUCUAAGAACAUACAUACCGACUCUUUCCAAGCCCCUCCUCCGCUACAAUGGCAUCCGGGGCAGCCGGAGUAUUCUCUGCGGCUGAGAACCUCUUCGGGGGCGCCGUAGCCCUCAUGAAGGGCAUAAAACAUCCAACUUUACCGAUUAAAGCAGAUCUCACGCGCAUCUCUUCCGUUCCGCUCGCACGAUCGAACCACACCGUCUCGGUAGUCAAGGGCCGAGCCUACAUCUUUGGUGGAGAAGCUGAAGCCGGCAAGCUUGCGGACAAUGAGAUGCACGUUGUGAUCCUACCCUCAAGCGGCGUGCUUGAUGCCGACUACACCAAGUACUCUGCGCGCGCAGCAAAUGGCCUGGAUGACGUACCUGUUUCCAGAAAAGGACACACGGCAACUGUGAUUGACGACCAUAUAUACAUAUUUGGCGGAGAAGGCGAAGGCGUAGCAGAUGAAAAGGGGAGGAUUUGGGUGUUCAACACGGUUUCAAACACUUGGUCGUACCUUGACCCGCCAGAGGGCACUCUCUAUCCUAGCCAGCGAUCGGGCCACGCUUCGGCGAGCUCAGAUCUCCCAGGCCCAAAGGUCACGACGUAUGUUGAAAAGGCACCGCAAGCUCCCGCAGACCCUGCAUCGCACGUACCAGAGCCGCCAGAGUCGAACUCAUAUGGUACAAUCUUCAUUGUCGGCGGCCGUGAUACAGCGAGCAGCCAGCUGCUGAAUGACUCGCUUGCUUUUGAUGUCAAGACGCGGACGUGGUCCAAUAUACCAUCACCAUCAGGCCAUCCCCGAGAAGGCGCGAGCCUGGCACUUGUCGGUGGUCGCCUGUAUCGCUUUGGUGGAAAAGGCGUCGAGACCUUUACCUCCGGCGCCACGGAAUCUGUGGACGUUUCCCAUGUCUGGACACAUGCAGAACGCGGAACUAAGCCAGUAGCGACGGGCUGGAGCUGGGAAGAAGUGAAGCAAUCGGACAAGGAUGGUAGCGCCGUUGUGGCCCCGCGGGCGCGUUCAAACGCUGGACUCGUAGGAGUCACCACUGGCCAAGGACGACAGUACCUAUUGGCUAUUGGUGGGUUGACGGAAAACGAAGAAUUCAUCGAUGAUAUAUGGUCCUUGCAGCUUCCGCCUGAACGAUCAUCAGCCGCUGCUGCAAAGGACAGUAUUCGCGCACACCUCAAGAAGGACACGCACGAGUCACAAUGGGCCGAGGUAAUUUAUCGGUACGUUGACACAAAGGGAGAGGAGGAGAAGGAGAUACCAGGAGAGCCGAAGAAGGGACUAGGUGCACGCGGCUACUUUGGUGUUUCCAAGGGCACCGAGGUUGAUGGGGCGACGUGUGUGGUGUGGGGUGGUGUUGAUGCGAAUGGCAAAGUGCUCGAAGACGGGUGGAUGAUCACCGUGGACAGGUGAACGCCCAUGCAGCCCAAUCAAGACUGUAGGUAGAGAAUGAGGGAAUAUGUCU